AUGACUAGGCUCCCUGGGCUCGGAGUGGGAGGAGCAGCCCUAGCACCAGCUCCGGCUGGAGGCCAAGAAGUCCUGGUGCUGCUCGGGUGUGGGGCCCAUACUGGGCCUUGGGGCCUGCAGAAAUGGGAUGAGGAUCUGGCUGCCUUUGCCAAAACCUAUGCCAGCAAGUGUGUGUGGGGGCACAACAAGGAUCGGGGCCGGCGAGGAGAGAACCUCUUUGCCAUCACGGAAGGGGAGAUGGACCUGCAGUUGGCCGUGGAGCAGUGGUACAAUGAGCAUGAGCAUUACAACCUCGGCAACGCCACUUGUGCAGAAGGACAGAUGUGUGGCCACUACACCCAGGUGGUCUGGGCAAAAUCGGAGAGGAUCGGCUGUGGUUCUCAUUUCUGUGAGAAACUUGAGGGAGUGAUGGAGACUAAUGUUCAUGUGCUGGUCUGCAACUAUGAACCCCCGGGGAAUGUGAAGGGCCAGAAACCCUAUAAAGAGGGACCACAGUGUUCACAAUGCCUGGAGGGCUACGAGUGCAAGAACCAGCUCUGUGAACCAAUCAUAGGCCCAGAAGAGGCUGGGGUCUCGCCCUCCUUAGCAACUGCAGCCCCCACCUCUAUGGCAACUGAGACCUCACCCAACUUGGCGACUGAGGCCCCUCUCUCCCUGGCAACCAAAACCUCGACCUCCCUGAAUGAGGGGAUCCCCCCCUCCCCUAGGCUAAGUAUUGAAACCAGCCUGAAAUCAUUAGAGACAGAGGCCAGCAAGACAAAGCCAGACAGAGUUGAGCCCACCCAGGAUGGACCUCAAGAAUUGCCCUCCUCCUCCUCUUCCUCCUCCUCUGAGACUCAGGCUACCACUUCCUUGGCUAAUAAUAAGUUGGAAGAGGUCCCAGGCACCUCCACCAGUGGCCCCCCUGACCUCCCCCAAGCUGGUGAGGCUAAUGCCAUGCGUGGGCGCACCCUGGCUCUGAAUUCCUCUUUGGAAGACACAGAAAACGUGAUCAUUUGGGGGAGGGCCUCCAGCCGUUUGGAAUUUUCUCUCUUUGGGCUACUCAGUUGUCUCCUCCUGAGCUACUUCUUCUGAAGGUGCCACCUUUGCACGCCUCAUGCCCACAUGUGUAUGCCGUGAAGCCAAAAGGCCUUGUCUUCCCCUGGCAGGAGAGCAGAUGGAUGGAUAGACGGAUGGACGGAUGGAUGCGUGCCCAGCUGUGGGCCUGGACAUACCCUGGAUCUACCACCAAGGAAUUAGGGUUCUAGUUCAAGAGGCCCACCUCCGUGCUCACACUGCCCCUCUCUCAUGUAUGCCCCUUCCUUGCACUCAUACCCCUUCAGGAGGCUGAUCCCGGGGAGUGUAGACCCUGAGAUCAGUACAGGAUCCCCAAACUAGUGAAUCCUCUUAAUGGAAAUGACCUCAAGAUGUCAGCCCUUCUCCAUGGGCAUCCCCAAGUCUUAGGGCACGUCCUUCAGAAGUCCCGUGUCACAGAGAUCUCUACGGUUGCCAGCACGUCUGUGGCUCUUCCUGCCCUUCGAGCCUCAUAAUGAGGGGGAACAAAGUCUGAGCACCGGUUUGCUCAGGUCCUUUGCCUCCUUCCCGCUAUGCCCUUUUCACCCUUCAAAGGAGGUGCCUUUUGCUUCCCCAAAACGAAAACUAUCCAUCUGGUGGACGGUCUCUCUCAUGCCCAUGGAGGAGUCUGUGCAAAACCCCAGAGGAAUGGAGAGCUCCAGGGCAGAGAGCUGGGGGAGUGGGGGUGGCUUAAGGAGGGAAUGGUGGGUAUUUGGAUCCAUUAAGGUUUGGAGUCCUGGCUAAACAUAAAUGUAAAUCAUGGUGAAAGCCCCUAGGCCUGAUUCUGCCCAGAUAUAUAUCCCGUGGGUGGUGGUGCAGUGAGAUUUCUCACUCAUCUUUUGAGGUAGGGAUUAUGCUAAGAUGAAGGACAAGCUUCUCCCUGAGCCAGAGACAGGAGAAAGCAAUCUCAAAGUCCUGAAUAAAGUUUGGUCUGAACUAAUUUGCUUUCUUUUCUUUUUUUAACUUUCUUUUAUUUUUUUCCCCCCAAUUACAUGUAGAAACAAUUUUGGACAUUUGUCUUCUGACCUUUUGUGAUUCAGAUUCUUUCCCUCCCCACUUCUCCCUCAGUAGAUGGUUUAUUAUGGGUUAUACCAGUGCUUUCAUGCAAUACAUAUUUCCGUGUUCCCCAUGCUGUAACAGAAGACAUGUCAUGUGUACAAUAAAAAAAAAAAAAAACAACUCAUGAAGGAAAUGAAAUGAAAGAUGGUAUAGUUUGUUCUGCAACAAAAUUCCAACAGUUCUUUCUUUGGCUUUGGAUAGUGGGUUUUUUGGUUGUUCUUUUUUUAAUCAUGAGUCCCUUGGGGUCACAUUGGGAACUUGUUUUGUUGAAAAGAGUUUAGACCUUUAUAGCUGAUCAAUCAUCUAGCUUUGUUUUGUAUACAUUCUUCUGGUUCUGCUUAUUUCACUUUGUAUCAGUUCAUAUGUCUUUCCAGGUUUUUCUGAACACUUGUCAGUUCUCAUGGCACAAUAGUAUUCCAUUACAACUGUAUACCACAACUCGCUUAGCCCUUCUUCAGUUGAUGGAUAGCUCCUUAGUUUC